AUGUCAGAAGUCAAAAGAACUAUUAGAAUAACUACUGAGCAACAUAUCAUGCCAGAUGUUCCUCCAGUUGAGAACUAUCCAAUGAGAAAAUGGUCCAUUCAAAUAACAAUGCUUGAUUCAGAAGGAAAAGAAAUCCCAGCAAAAAUAUUGGAUAGAGUUACGUAUACCUUGCACCCCACUUUUGCCAAUCCAAUAAGAGCUAUCAAACAGCAACCUUUCAAGAUUGAAGAACAAGGUUGGGGUGAGUUCGACAUACCCAUUUCUAUACACAUUUUGGGUAUCAAUGGUAAACCAGGUGAGCGUAAGUUCCAGCAUGAUUUGAAUUUUUUGCAAGAAAAAUACGUAAACGACCAUGUGAUUUCAAUCCCAGUUGGACCACAUAAGAAUCCUCAAUUGAAUAAGAUCCUAACAGAAAGCGGCCGUUUGCCCUUUGAUGAAGCUGGCAAUACCACAACAGGUGGUGCUUCUGCUGCAGGGGGGAUAAAGAGAAAAUUAGAUGGCUCGAAUGGUGGGCAAGCUCAAGCAAAUGCAGCGGACAGGAAAAAAUUGAAAGGAGCAGUUAAGGGAAAUGUAGAUUUAGAGAAAUUGGCUAAUGGAUUGAGCAAAUUGAGCGAGGAUGAUUUAAUUGUCGUGGUUCAAAUGGUUACCGAUAAUAGAACCAACGAAAUGAAUAUCAAAAAUGAUGUUGACAACGGAGAGUUUACAAUGGAUUUGUAUACUUUGCCUGAUUCAUUGUUGAAGAGUUUGUGGGACUAUGUGAAGAAACAUACAGGCGAAGCUUAG